CGCCAAGCUAACAGGUAACGACAAUCAACGGCCACUCUCCAACAGAGCCGAACCCAGGGCUCGGCGCAUCAACAAUCAUCAGUAACCGUCCCCGAUGACAUAUACCGAGUACGGCGCAAUCACGCUGCCAUGAAGUGACUUCUCCGGCAGAGAUCAAUAGCCGGACUUGGACACCUUGCACGUCUCCGUCACUGAACGGCCCUUUGCCAUAUACCAACACUAGAGGGAAGCCCUGCUCUAUUGACAUCGCGACCAACCCAGCCACGAGACCACCACGGUUGUUGGACGUAGCAUACGUUACGCACGAUGGCCGCGGUUUCGGAUCCCAAGAAGAGCGACGAGCAGACAAUCAAGGUCGCGUCGAAGAAGGACCCCAAGAACAAACCAGAUGGUCCUAUCAAACUCAAGAAGCCGGCACCGAAGUACAACAAACCCGGAAACUGGAGAGAAGGAAGCAUCGUUGAAGAAGACAAGAAGCCCAAAAAGGACGAUUCCCCAACGAUUUCUGUUGCUUCUCCCGGACCGGUCGUCAACCCCCUCGAUGACAGCGCACGCGAAGCCUUCGCGACCGGUCGACCCCUCGAAGACACACCCGAUCUGCAGCAAUGCAAGCACUGCAAGAAGAGUAUCCUCAAGACAGCUGCCAAGGCCCACAUCGCACAAUGCCUCAAAUUGAAGAAGGAGAAGGCUCAGCGCAAGAAAGAGGCGAGAGAAGCCCGUGAGCGAGCCAAAGAAGCUGCGCGCGAAGAAGAAGCCAGGAAAGCAGACGAGGAUGCGGAUGGGAAGGGAGAGGACGACAGCGAUGGUGAAGAGGACGGAGCGGAAAAGAAGGCUACCGGCAGCAAGACAACCAAGAAGGCCGCGGGUAAGAAAACCGAUGGAGAUACCAGCAAAGGAAAGAAGCGCAAGGCGGAUGGUGAUGCCGAAAAAGGACCCAAGCAAAAGAAAAAGAAGGAGGAGCCUAAGCCAAAGGCUCCUAAACCGAAGGGUCCCGUGGAUGUCGAACGGCAGUGUGGUGUCCUCUUACCCAAUGGGCAGCCAUGUGCAAGGUCACUCACUUGCAAGAGUCACAGCAUGGGAGCAAAACGUGCCGUCGCAGGAAGAUCUCUGCCUUAUGACAUGCUUCUUGCGGCAUACCAGAAGAAGAACCAGGCCAAACAGCAAAAGGCCGCACUCGACGCCAACGCCCCGUUGGAAGACGAAGACGAGGCCAACGCCGGGCCAGUGGACUCGGACGAGGAGACGGCUGCCGUUAUGAGUGCUCUGGCGCAUUGGAACCCACAACCCGUAGUACCGCAGCCACUCCUUAACCCAAUCAAGAGACAGUAUCAGCUCGCGCGCCUUCAUGAGCAGCUGCAGAUGGCGACAAACGGCGGCCGAACAAAUAUUUUCAAAGUCAACGGUUUUGGCGUGCAGAAGCUGCCGUUCGGUCACCCAGGCCUCAUGGACACGGAAGACGCACCUGGCGAGCCCGACACGGCGGAUCUGAACUUUGGAGGUGCUCGCCGAUCUUCAAGCUUCAGCAUGCAAAGCCAACCACCGCAGCGACGGCCCUCGGUGACGAGCAGAGCAUAAUUCGGCAGACCCCGGGUCAUGGAGAAGAGACAAUCCGCUAGUAGAUUGUUUGUGCAUAAAACCGAGUGGUAUAACGAGGCUUAUAUGAGGGCAUUGGGUUAUGGGCUAGUGCAUUUUUGAUGAGAGGGGGUGAGGUAGGCGUUAAGUUACCUCCCCCCACCUCGUCUUUUUCUUUAUGGUGGCAUGUAUACCAACAACUGAUUGCGACUGGAAACACGGCCAAAGAAUUUCUUGGGUUUGUCUUCUUCUUUUUCUUCAAAGCAGCGGCGUUUGGGGAUCCCUGCGUCAAUGGGUAGCGGUUGCUCAGAGUCAGGUAUGGUUGCGGAAAGCGAAUAUGUAUAUUCAAGAUGGGGUUUGGGCGCAUACUUCAAGAUUGGUAGUCGAGGGCCCACACGGCGUAUAUCAUCUGGCACCAUUGCCGGUAUUGAAGGUAGCCCGCCUCAGAGACACCCGGUGGUGGGAAAUUGACAUGUGGACUUCAGUGGGCCAGCGAUUCAUCUGCUUUACACUACUUGAGAAGCCAACACCAACGUCAGUCAAGCGCCCGAUUGAGCUCGAAUCGGUGAAGGCAACCAGCCCCCCCCUUCACCCGACGAAAUCAACCCAACGAGAAGCUAUCGUUGCCGGAUGAGCUUGUGGGUCCUUCUCCCACGCUUAACCCCGGCUGCGGAAUAGCGCCGUUUAGAGGCGCGCGACGAUGACGUCGUUGCGUUCUUACCCCGGAUUUUGUGCCCAUCAUUGACAACGCACCGCCCGCCCGGCAACUGCGCCAAGCUGACCUCGGCACUGCAGACUAAUUCCCUCCGCCAUAAAGUGGGAGCACACUGAAGUCUCGCCUAGCGGUUAUUUCGACCGUCCACUCAUCACAUGUUACCGCUACCUAGCGAGAUCACUGCAUCGCACUACAAUACGCUCGGGAGAGCUUCGUGCGCUCCGUACGAGCACUGUAUCCUUUGUCUCUCAACCGAUUCCUCGUCCUCUUCCACCCACAUCACGACCGUGACCAC